AUGAGCAUAUCUUCUGUAGAAGAGCUAUGCUUUUCAUCCCUAAACCCAACUCCACCCGCUCCUGGAGAUUGCCAGGCCAACAUCCGGCUAAAGGAGGAGUCAAGUAGAGCAGAGGAAAGACAAAAGCUCCGACGACAGCUGGAGGAGGUUCAGAAGCACAUCUCCUAUCAGGAGUCCAUCAACAAUUGCGAAUGCAAUUACAGGCGCCUAGUAGAUGCAGAUGCGCUGGGAAAUACCCCUUCCGAUGGCGUGAAGCCCCUGGAGGUACCACCACCUCGGUUCAACCCAGGAAGUAAUGGGGAGCUGGUCCACUGCAGCGAGGUGGUGGUCAAAGGAGACUACGAAUGGCGGAUCGAAGGCAUCUCAUGGCUGCUGAAUGCCUUGGAGCAGAACGAGGCCAACUUUGCGGAGUCCUGCACCUUCAUCGUGGCGGGUGAGGACUUCUCGCUAGUGUAUCAUCCAGAAGCUGGAGAGGUGGGCUACCUGGGUCAAUCCCAGAGGGGUUCGCUGUGCAUCGUGCACCACAACGGAGAUGGCAUUACCUUCCGCUACAAGGCACUAAUAAAGAACGCGGAGGGCCAAUGGGUGCAAUGGGGCCAAGAAGGCAAUGAAUGCCACACUGGAGUGGACACUUCCGGACGAGCUUUUGGCCCUGAUGUGUACUUCGCAGAGAGCACAGAGAAGGCUCCACACAGCAUGGGCAUUUUCGGCAUGAGCCACGAGGAGCUGCUAAAGUCUUCCUGGAUUGUGGACGGAUCGCUCACUGUGAAGUUCGAGCUAGAGGUCCGUCCCAACGUGGAGUUGGAUCCGAUGCCCCUUCGGAAACCCGCCAUCGAAGUGCCCGCGCAGUCGCUGUCCAAUGACCUCAUGUCUAUGUUUGAGGAGGGCCGUGCGGCCGACGUCACCUUCUUGGUGCAAGGAGAGAAGAUCCCAGCUCAUUCUCAAGUUCUCUGCGCGAGAUCUCAAGUACUGGAGAGGCAGCUGUACAGUGGAAUGAAGGAGUCCAUCUCGAAAGAGAUCCGUGUAGAAGAUACCCAGCCGGCCACUUUUCGGGCCAUGCUCAAGUUUCUUUACACGGAUGACCUCUCUAUCAUCGAGGACUUGGCAAAGCACGCUCACGAUGGCUCGGGGACGGCUUCCUGUGUCAAGUGGAAAAUGGCGACGCCGUUUUUACAGAAUCUUCUGAGUUUAAGCCAUCUCUAUCAGAUCAACCGAUUGCGAAUCUGGUGUGAGCAGAAGCUGUGUGACAACAUCUCAGCCUCGGAGGUCUUCUCAAUCCUUUGCCAGGCGCAUCUCUACGAGGCGAAGCAGCUAGAAAAGGCUUGCCUCAACUUCAUCAAGGAGAACCUCCCGCAGGUUGUGGCCACGCCUGACUAUGGCAGAGGCUGCAAGGAGUGGCCAGAGAUCGUGCUGAAGAUCAGCGCAUCCCUGGCGUGCCUGGACGAGCGAACUGCGCACCCGGCAUUCGAGGCCUUCCGAGCCCAGAAGCUGGAGAAGGCCGAGAAGUCCGAAAAGGCUUGGCUUCGGCUUUGUGCCUAA